AUGGCGCCCUCAAAGGAAGCUGAGGUUGAGCUUCAUUCCAUCAACCGGACCCCCGAAUACGAGGAAUUUAUGGCCAAGCUGAGAGCUUACCAUCAGGAGCGAGGUACAACUCUCGAGGUCGAGCCCAAGGUGGGACCGGUCUAUCUUGAUCUCUACAAGACGUUCAACCAUAUCGUUGCCAAUGGCGGCUACGACAAGGUGUCCGAUGAAAAGCUGGCUUGGCGCCGGAUGGCCGAGCAACUCGGUAUUCAUUCCUCCAACGUAGCCUCGACUGCCUUUUCAUUAAAGGAGAAGUACUACAAAAACCUCGCUGCCUACGAAAUCAAGUUUGUUCAUGGCAAGGAACCGCCUCCGAAGGACAUCUUGGAGGACGUGUCGGCUAAGGGUGGCGGCCUCUUGAGCCGCACCAGGGAGAACUUCCGAGGAAUCAAGCGCGAUAGCGGCACUGUCGGUGACUCUGCAGCUGCUUCUGGUGAUGAUGGCACCCCUACCCGAGAGCGGCCAACACCCGAUGCUGCUCCCACGUCUAGUGUUCGAGCUUCACGAGGCCUGCGCGAAGCCCCGCCUCAGAGAGUCAUCUUCCAGCCAGAUACGGGCCCAUCUAGACCGACUCGCCAUGCUUCCGGUCAGCAGCUGAGCCACAGUAACACACCCACUCCCGUCAGUCAGCUAGGCAGUCAUCAUGCGGCAUCGCAACAGGUUCAACACACUCCAGUGCCUCUUCCCCACCAGCCCAGGGCCCCGCCUCGUGGACCUAGCGGCAGCUUUAACCCGCCCGAUGCUGAGAACACGUCGACCGGUGUUGAAUCGUUUCUCCCACGCUCCCUGCAGCCCCAGCAGCAACAACACAUCCUUCCGAUGCGCCCUGUUGAUACGCCGAGUAACAAUCCGUCCGAAUUUGCUCGGCGCCGUCAGAUCAGACGCUCUCUUAUGGAGCCCCCUCGUCGUACUGGACCCUAUCCUGGAGUCGGUUACGACGGACCGAACAUCUACAUCCGUUGUCUGUACGCCUUGCGCUCAGGCACUUUCGAGGAGCAGCAGUUUGCGCUCUAUCACCUUGUCAAGAUCUCAUACGAACGUCAUGACAAGUUUAAAUUCGAAGGAUUUCCCGGGCUCAGCGAAGGCCUUGUCGAAAAAGUCUUGGAGGUUGGCAGCAUUUUCUACAAUGUGAAGUGGAAAAUCUCUUGGGUAUCACAGGUGGCCGCAGAUAAUUUCGACACCCUCGAUGGCAAUGAAGGAACUGAAGACAUCCUUGAGCGCAUCGACAAUCUCGAACCGAAGGAGGUCAAUGAACACAUUGUGCCCGAGGACCUUGCGGAUCAGAUGGUCCUUAUCAACGAGGCGGCUUUGACGCUGAGAAACAUGUCCCAGCUACGAGAGAACGCUGCUCAUCUGGCCGACUUUCUGCCGAUCAAGGACCUCAUUUGCAUUGUCCUGAGCCUUCCAAGGCACGAGUGGGUGGUUGAAGUGAAGCAUGCGAUGCUUGACAUUGCCGAGGCUUUGACCCCCUACAUUGAAAUCGACUCUAGCGACCCUUUGUACCAGGUUCUCAUGUGGCAACUGAACGAAUCGGACGACCGCGGCAUCAUACUAACGGCUCUUCGCGCGCUCGGACGCAUCUCAAUGAACCUCGAAGCUACCAACCGUCUGGAUAAGGUUCCUACAGCCGUCUUGACCAAGAUCGGCGAACUGAUGCUGCUUAAUGAUGAUGAGCUGAAGGAUGCUUGUCUCGAUUUCCUGUACCAGUACACAGCAGUCGUCAGCAACGUUGACAACCUAGUCAAGGCCCUCAACUGCGAGCAUUUGGUCCAGCACCUGGUUCGCCUCCUUUCCCAUAACGCUCGACGAUACCAGGAGGAGACGCUCUUGAGGCCUAUGAUGAAACCGCCCUCGACCGACGAGCCUGCUGCCAUGCCCGAAGACCUGUUGCAGGAUCUGCUGAAGCUGGAGGAACCUGAGCGAUGCAAUCAAUGGGUCAAGUGCUUCUUUGAGGAGGACAAGGAUUCCUUCGUCACUCAGAUUGCAGCAUGGCAGGCAUACCAAAAUGCUUUCAAAUCGGCGCUCCAGGCCAUUGGCCAACCCCUCAUCACACCAGCCGACUUUAUCAGAAACAGCUGCUCGGUCUAUAAGGGCUCCAAGGCUGAAGUCUGGGCGGGCAGCGGUAUUCCUGGAGAGGUGCAGCAGAAAUUCAUUAUCCAUGGCAUCCGAUGCCGGGUCCGACCUGUGGGUAUCAAGGGUGAGGUGUUCCUUCGGUGCCUUUGGGACUCGGCGUCUGGUCGACCAAACGAGAAAUGUGGCCAUUUCUUUGGAAACAAGGAGACCAUGUGGAACCAUGUUGUCAAGGUUCACCUCGGAUUAACUCGCAACGAAAAAGGUUACUUCGACAAUAAGGAGGAGGAGAUUAGAUGCCGGUGGGCCGACUGCACCAAGUACCCGAAGCCCGAAAAGAUGAAGCUCGCCCUCAUGGGCCAUCAUCUUCAGACGCACUGCUGCCAGAUCUUCAAUGGCAUUGCCAUCAACGAGAGGAAGGCGCAGGCUGGACCUCAGCCUAGUGACAAUCUCGUGGUCCACUUCGAAGAGACAGCCACAGCCCCCGACGAGCAAAACCCUUCGGCUCCUCCUCAAGCGGCUGGCAUCCCCUUCAGUGCGGUGUUGGUUCUCCGCAACAUCGCCCGCAACGUUGUCAAGACACCUGCGCAAGAGGAUCUUCUCAAACUCCAUGAAUUAGGUGGUGAGGCUGGGGGCUGGAACGAGCGACUAUUCCGGACUGUGCUGCCCCGUCUCUACGAAGUCAUGACUGAAAACAGGGUUUUGCGACCCCACGUGUUUUCACUCAUCCAGUUCGCCGAGUCAGAGAGGGACAACUAA